GGCUACUUGGCACCUUGGGAUCAGCUGAGCCAGCCGAGAAAAAUCGGUUAAAGAUACAAACAGUCAUGAUGAUGCACUUGCUCAUCCUUACGAUUUCCGGCUCGACAAUGACAAAGAUUCAGACGUCGUUUGGUAUCGCGAGGAUAGUCUUGGCCUAUCCCAACCUAGAGCGCAGCGUAGGAAGCAGGUACUCUCAGGUCGACCAGACUCCAAGCGCUCUGCCCAGCCUGAUGCCCGGGUCCAUAGGGCUGCCAUACGGCGAGAUGCAAGGGGGGUAUCCGCUGCGAGGCUACCGUACAUACUAUGUAUACGCUCGCGAGAUCCGGAUAAAGCUAGUAGACAGACUAACGCUACUUCUGGCUAGUCUACUGAUUAGCUUUAUCUGGAUCUCGCGAGUGUAUACGUCUACAUCGAAGCUUGGCCAAGGAGGCAAAAAGUGUUCGCUUGGUGAUAUCAUAGUAUUUGCUAGCAAGCAGUUCCUGACCAAAGUUUUCGAUGGUUGA